CACACGCCACGACCGCCCAAUCGUCGCCCGACAGCCGAGCCGCUUCCGCCGAGCCGGAAGUAAGCGCCGCUCCGUCCAAGAUGGCGGACCUCCACCGCCAGCUCCAGGAGUACUUGGCGCAGACGAAAGCGGGCGGGUCGGCGGCCGCGGUGCCGCUGCUCGCCGCGGAGCAGGCGGAGGACUCGGGGCCCGCGGAGCCGGGGCUGGGCCGCGCGGGCCUGCGCUGGGCGUGGGCGCGAGGCCCCGCGGAGCCGAAACCGGCGGCGGGCCCGGCGUGCGUGCCGAGCGUGCCGCGCGCGCAGCGUUUGGCGGCGGGCGGCGUGUGCCUACUGCUGGCCGCGGUCUGCUUCGGCCUGGCCGCGCUCUACGCGCCUGUGCUGCUGCUGCGUGCCCGCAAGUUCGCGCUGCUCUGGUCGCUGGGCUCGGCGCUGGCGCUGGCCGGCGGCGCGCUGCUGCGGGGCGGCGCGGCGUGUGGACGGCUGCUGCGCUGCGAGGAGGCACCGUCGCGGCACGCGCUGCUCUACGUGGCCGCGCUGGGCGCCACGCUGUAUGCGGCGCUCGGGCUGCACAGCACGCUGCUCACGGUGCUCGGGGCCUGCGCGCAGGUGGGCACGCUGCUGGCCGCGCUGUUCGGCCUGCUGCCGUGGGGCGGUGUCUCGGCGCUGCGCCUCGCCCUCGGGCGCCUGGGCCCGCGCGCCGGCCUAGCCAAGGUGUUGCCCGUGUGAGCGCCGCAGGGACGCGGACAAACCAUCCCCGAGGGCCCCCAACUGAGCACCGCAGCCCGUGUGACCGCCGCAGGGACUCGGGACUGCUCCCGCGACGCACCCCAGUGACAUCCAUGGACCGCACAGGAAAAGGCCCUUC